UUUAGGUGGCCAUGAGAGAAAAAAGCCCCUCUGUUUUCCAACAAGGUGCCUUUCAUCAAGGCUGCCCGCAGGAGGAACCCGCUGGCCCUGCAGCCCUGGGGCUGCUGCUGGGAGCGGGGAGGAAGCAGAGCCCCGGUGUGUUUGUUGGCUGCAGUGCUUCCUCUGGGGCUGGAGACCAACGUCGUCCACUUGUCCCCUUUGAAGGCGACAAAAUCCAUGCCAUGCUGAGCGCAGCCCCGCUGGAUGUCGGUGUUCUGGGAGGAAAAGCAGACAGAGAGGAGCCCGGAGCUGCUCGGUUGAUGGUGGAGGCGGAGAGGUUAUCGGGUGCCCCAUCUGCAGGGCUAGGUUUGAAAGGGAGGGACAGCUGGAGCCAUCAAAGCUGCUCUGGUGGCUUCUGUCCAGCUGGAGAACGGCUCCAUCCAGCCCCUCCCCUGCUUCUUCCAGCCACAGCGGGCUGCCCUGCCUCCCACCAUCCUCCUCCUCUCCCAACCGGAGAUGGUGAAAUAGCGGCUCUGUGCGUGCCAUGUGCUGGGGCAGUGGGACACCGCUGGGCAGAACCAGCACAGCCAGGUCCUGGUCCUGGCCCUUGGGGUACUGCUUUGGGAAGCGUGAUUGAGGCCCUGGCAGGGGCGAUAACCAGCCCAUGGGAUGCACUACCUUGGGGCACACCCAUCCCAGCUCGCUGCAGCACGUACACGUUGUAUAAGAACCUAUAUAUUAUAUAAAGUCACGCGUACACACACACAGCUAUGUAGGUAUGUGUAGCUGUCCUGCUGCCAUACAUCCAGUCUGACACUCGGAGCAGCAUUGGGAAAUCGCCACUGAGCGGGCGAGGGGUUCACUCAUUCCAUGACUUCAUUCGUUCCAAUGGAGCAGAGCACUGGGACUGCAGCGGCGCUUCCUGCAGUGACCUUGAGGAGCAUGACCCAUCUGAAAUGUUCCCUCAGCCACUGGUGAAGAUGUUGAUGGUGAACUUCAGCGUGCCGGCUGCGUGCUUCUCCCUGCCACCCACAUCCUGGCAGCUGCUGCAGCAUCUGGACAUGGUCCAACUCUCCAUCACGGGCCUGGCUACCAUCCUGACGCUGGUGUCAGUCGCCAUCUAUGUGGAAGAAGCGUACUACAUCACCCGCAAGACCAGCUGCCCCAUCAAGAUGAAGACUCUCUGCUGGAGCAGCUCGGCCCCCACGGUUGUGGCUGUGUUCAGCUGCUUCGGGCUGUGGAUCCCGCGCUCCAUGAUGGUGGUGGAGAUGGCCACCACGAUGUACUUCGCCAUCUGCUUCUAUGUCAUGAUGAUGGUUAUGGUGGAGGGCUUCGGGGGGAAGGAGGCCGUACUCAGCACCCUGAAGGAUGUGCCCAUGGUGAUGAGCACAGGGCCCUGCUGCUGCUGCUGCCCCUGCCUGCCCCGCAUCACCAUGAGCAGGAGAAAGUUUUGGCUGCUGAUGCUGGGGGUCUUCCAGUACGCCUUCCUGAGGGCAGCCGCUGUCUUCCUGGGGCUGGUCCUGUACACUGAUGGGAACUACAACCCUGCUGACAUCUCGGCUGAGAGCGUGGCACUCUGGAUCAACACCGUCGUCGGAGCCUCCACCCUCUUUGGGCUGUGGGCGCUGGGUAUCCUCUUCCGGCAGGCGCGACUGCAUCUGACGGAGCAGAACAUCCAGGCCAAGUUCACUUGCUUCCAGGUUCUCCUCGUGCUGACGGCACUGCAGCCCGCCAUCUUCAGCAUCCUGGCCAACAACGGCAACAUCGCCUGCUCGCCGCCCUUCUCCUCCAAGGCCAGGUCACAGCAGAUGAACAUACAGCUGUUAAUCCCACAGACCUUCAUCCUGGCGGUGGUGGCAAGGAUGUAUUACCGCAAGCAAGAUGACAAACCAGGCUACCAACCCGUCAGCAUCACAGCCACCAGCAGCAACACCAAGGCGUGAGCAGAGCAGGGUGCAAGGGCAGAACAAGCCCAGGGUGCUGCCAGCCCAGCCCAGCCCUUGGAACCUGCUGGGAACAAAGGCAGCAGAAGGAGAACGGACGUUUUGGGAUCUGUAAGCAGCCCUCCAGCCUGGGGUGCUCCUGGCUGGCACUGAAUAAAGAUAACUUUGUACA